GUAAACUACUGUUGACGUUUUAAAAGUGACGUUUUCCUGACAUGUAAAUCUUAAAUUCUAAUAAAAAUGGAAAAUAAAGACACAAGUGUUAUACACAAAAUAGAGGAAGAUGAUUUUUAUAAAUAUUUCCUGAAAGCAAACAACUCAAAAAAACCCCUAGCACAAACUUUAACGAUAACUGAGCAAGUUACGAAACUGGGAGAAGGUAUAGAACUUCUAAGUCGCGAAUUACAUAAACAAGUUGUGGAUAAACAUGAGGAUUUACUUACACAAGCCAAGCAUUCAACAAAAUUGGAGGCAGUUUUAAAUACCAUGAAUAUGCAUGUUCAAAAUUUAUUUGCCAAUGCCGAGAGGUUGAGAAAUCAAAUUCAUGUGCCUUAUAAUGCUUUGGAACAACAUACAAAAGUAUUGGGUAGAUUGCAUUUGGCCAGUCAUAUUCUAAGACAAGUUAAUAGGAUUCAGCAGCUUAGUAAGAGAUUGUCAAAUACUAAUGAUCCAGUGCAAAAAGCUACAAUUUUAAGGGAACUUGAGCAACUAGCCAUUGACCCUGAUUUGCAUGAUAUAGAUGUAGUUACAACAGAACUAAGAAAUAUAAGAAUGCAACAACAAAAAGUUGCAAAAUUGGCAACAGGGUCUUUAAAUCAAGGAAUCAUGAAUGAGAAUGUUACACAAACUACAACAGCACUACAAAUAUUUAUUAAUUUGGGGACAAUCAAAACAAUAUCAGACAAUUUUAUUGACCAAUGCCUAAAUGAAUUCAGAGAAUGCCUUAAAAAAGCUUUUGAAAUAAGCCCAAAUGCUUCUAUAAAAUCCAAGGCAGCUCCGGGUAAAGUUUCUUUAACUUCAUCGCAAGGUUUUAGGAGUAGAGUUUUGAAUGAAUUGGAAAAAGCGUUUUCCGAGGAUGUUUAUCAAGUUUGCAAGCAAGUGAAAUUUUUACAAAUAACUUUGAACAGUAUGAGCGGGGUCAAUUUAAAUGUUGCGGAUGAAUUCUGGAGUAAAUUUGGCAAAAUAAUGCAGGAGGAAAUUAAGAAGUCUUCUACUGCCAUACAACAGACUCUGGAAGGGGAUUAUCCCAAACUACUAAAGUGGUAUUAUGAGAUGAUUUUGAAGCUUAAUUACGAUGUCUUUAAAUUUAAGCAUCAUAUUUUGGAAAAGUUUGAAAACUCUUAUUUAUCAAUGUCUUCUACAAAAUUGUUGGAUCCAGCCCAAUCAAUGUUUAAUAAUGAACUCAACAUUCCUAAUCAUGACCAGAUGGAUUCACUUAUUAGAAUAAUAACGAGCGAGUUAAGUGUAGCUCUUGUUGAAGAACACCUAAGUGAAAAAGUCUCUAAAAAUGUCGCUAAAUGUGUUAAAAUGUUUGCUGUCAAGACUGAGCAACAAUUGGAAACUGGCCCAGAGGCAGCUCAAGUGAUAGGUGGAACAGCCAAUGCUGGCCAGCACAAAAACGUGCAAUACGCUAAUGCUUUAUACUAUUUACAAACACAAAUCCUAAGAAUAUUGGGAAACAUGAAAACCAGUAUACCUGAUUCCGGAAUAAAAAUAAUUACGGAGAGUCUUCAAAGUUUGGAAAAUUUGGUUGGGAACAUAAUACAGCCUUUAGUUGUUUCUAUAAAUUCCAUAAUAGAAAAGAUAAUUGUUACAAUACAUUUGGAAACAGAUUGGGUUAAAUUACAAAUUCCUGCAAAUAAAAAUUCGAUUUCUUGCAGUCCUUACAUGAAGGAAUUGAACCAGUUUAUUGCAAGGGUAUACCAUACUUAUUUGGCCAGUUUUGAGAAUAAAGAAGUGCUAUUGCAAAAGUGUAGUGAAGUUGCGAUUCGUUGCAUAGAACUCCUGGUACGACAUUCCUCCCUCCUAAGACCAAUCUCGCAAGGAGGAAGACUGCGUCUGCACGCCGACUACAACCAACUGGAGCACUCCCUAAAAGUAAUCUGCCCGCAUUUAUCGGACCUGGGCCGCCCCUACCGCCUGCUAAAAUCGAUGGCCUCCCUGAUCAUCCUGACACCGGAAGAGAUCGUCGCUAGUCAAAUGUUGGGCAGCUCGGUGCCGCACAGCACAGUGCUGCUGAUGUUGUUCUCGUUCGCCGGCAGCGAUCUGGCAAGCCCGCACCAGAACACGGGCUGGUCUUUGCCCAAGUUGUCCGCGUGGUUGGAUAAGCAUGUCAAAGAGGAGGAUCGGUUGGAUUUGGUCGCUGGGGCCAUUCAAAGGUACGAGAGUUUGAUUAGGCAGACAAAUUCAGAGAAUUAUGACAGAGUUUAUCCUAUAAUGUCCAAGUUUUUGGAAUCUGCAGUCAAAUAAUUAUUUUAAUAUGUAAUUUAAGAAUAUAGUGAGAAUUUUAUACUUAUACCGUUUUAAGUAUUGUUGUGUAUUAUCUUG